AUGUCGAGAUACCUAGUUCAGCAUGCCAGCCCCUCAGGACCUGGUGACAGCCGACCGACCGCACUGCAAAUCAUCAAGGAUGAGGACCUCGUUGGGAAGUUAGCGGGCAAGGUCAUCUUCAUCACAGGAGGCAACCAAGGCCUGGGUCUCGAGAGCGCUCGCGCUCUGUAUGAAACCGGAGCAACAAUCUACUUGGGAGUGAGGGACGUUGCAAAGGGUCAAAAGGCGAUCGACGACAUCCUGUCAACCGCAAGCAAACCAGAUCCGAAGUCACUGUUCCUCAUCGAGAUGUCUCUCGACUCCCUCAACUCGGUCCAAGCCGGUGCAAAGGCGUUCCUGGCCCAGAGCUCCCGGCUCAAUAUUCUUCUACUCAAUGCCGGCGUCAUGGCCACACCUGAGGGUCGUACCAAGGACGGAUUUGAGACUCAGUUUGGCAUCGACCAUGUGGGCCACUUUUUGCUUUUCGAACUGCUGAAACCCACCCUCUUGGCCAGCAGCACGCCCGAGUUCAACUCACGCGUGGUGCUACUCUCGUCAUUGGCCCACCGUUUCAAUGGCCCCAGGUAUCACGACCUCAACUUCGAUGAAGAGGGCUCGUAUGACCCCAUGGUUGCUUACGGGCAAGCAAAGACGGCCAACCUGCUCAUGUCAAACGAAAUCGAACGCCGAUACGGAGGCCAGGGUCUUCACAGUCUUGCCGUGCACCCAGGCAUUGUCGGCACCAACCUGGGCCAGUAUCUGGAUCCAAGUGUCAUGCAGAGCAUGGCCGAAGACAAGAAGAGCUUCAGCUUGAUGAAGGAUGUUCCACAGGGCGCGGCCACUUCCGUCCUUGCGGCUGUGGGUCGUGAGUGGGAGGGACGCGGAGGCCGCUACCUUGCCGACUGCGCCGAACAGGGCCCCGCGAAGGACGGCGCUUCACCCUGGGACAUGUCGGACCAAGGAUACGCUCCUUGGGGAUUCGAUGAAGAGAGCGCAAAGAAGCUGUGGGACGUCUCGACCAAGCUUGUAGAGAGGUGGCUUGCGGCUUAG